UUGAAUAAUUAGUUUUUUCUUUAUCAUCUGUAGGAUGUUCUAGUUUUUCUUUGAAUCUCAAAGCAGUAAGAAUGAUCAUGUUGUCAUAUGGAUGACUAGAGAACCAGGAUGCAACAGUGAACUAACUUUGUUUUAUGAAAAUGGUCAUUUUAAGCUUACCAAGAACUUCUUUCUUGUGUGGAAUGACUAUGGUUGGGACAAGGCAUCAAAUCUCAUAUUUGUAUACCAACCCAUUAUUGGGACAAGGUUCACCUAUACUUAUAAUGAGAGUGACAUUCGCCAUGAUGAAGAGGGUGUUAGCAGUGAUUUGUAUGACUCCUUGCAGUUAUUUGUGGGAAGAAUGGAAAGAGAGGCAGAAGGAUACAUGUGGAGUAAACCUUUCAUCAAGAUUCUUGAAUACGCAUUUUCUCUUAGUCUCGUAUAGAGCUCUUCCUGGAUGAAGCUCCAUUUAAUUUCAACCCAUUCAAACUAACCAAGCUCUCCAACUUUG